GUAUCAGCACUCCGGCCUCUGCCUCUUUGGGAUGCGUUCCAAGCUCUCUGGGUUGAAUCGCUAUAAUGUCAAAUCUUCAUUGACAUGCAGGAAUCGCUUUCAUGGCGUCACGUUAGCAGAAUUAGUAUCAAGUAUUGUAUUGUAUUAUCCCUGGCUUCUAUUUUUUAAGACAGGAAGUAAUUGUCAAACUGCUUCGCUUGCGGAUAUGGACGAGGUCUGACGGUCUUUGUCCGGUCAGUACAGCAAAGCUGUUAUAUAUCUUAUGGUUUAAAACAAAUGCUUUCGAUGUGAACAAGAACGAAGAGGAAUGGUUUAUGUAGGCGCUAGCGUGAUGAAAGGCGGAAGCCCGGAUAUGUAGGGAAAAAUUAUUAGAAAUUUUUUCACCUAAUCCGUCCCUUCCACAUUUGUGUGAUUUUCUGCUUUUUGCUUUGUCUGUGGAUUGAGGAGUUUGCAGGGAAAGUUAGGGUUGAUUAUUUGCAUUGAAAUGGCAGUGGAGAAUGGGCGGAGCCACACACAGAGCGAUGUUCUGCCUCCGCCGGAGGCCAGCGUUGAUGCCGGUGCAGAAUUUGUCUUGCAGUCCAAAGGGACAUGGUGGCACGCCGGAUUUCAUUUAACGACUGCGAUCGUGGGGCCAACUAUUCUGACGCUACCUUACGCCUUCCGCGGCAUGGGAUGGGCGCUAGGGCUCUUCUCCCUCUCCACCGCUGCAGCAGUCACUUUUUACAGUUAUUUCCUCAUGUCCAAAGUACUUGAUAACUGCGAGAAGCAGGGCCGGCGCCACAUUCGCUUCAGAGAGCUCGCCAGAGACGUCCUUGGCUCUGGAUGGAUCUUUUAUGUGGUGGUCUCAAUCCAGACCACAAUUAACAUGGGAGUGGGCGUUGGUUGCAUCCUUCUCAGCGCCGACUGUAUGGAGAUCAUCUACUCAAAUGUGAAUCCACAAGGACACCUCAAAUUGAACCAUUUUAUAACCAUAGCAGCUGCGAUAGUAAUAAUCUUCUCUCAGCUACCGUCGUUUCAUUCCCUCCGCUACAUCAAUUUGGGGUCGCUGGUGCUGAGUUUGGGGUACACACUCUGUGUCGUUAUUGCCUGUAUAAACGCAGGCUAUUCCCACCAUCCCCCUCACCCACAAAGGGAUUAUUCGCUCAAAGGUUCGAAAAUGGGGCGAGUAUUCAAAGCAUUUAACGCAAUGUCUAUCCUCGGAUCCGUAUUCGGCAAUGGCAUUCUCCCAGAAAUUCAGGCCACUGUAGCUCCUCCGGCCACAGGAAAGAUGUUCAAAGGCUUAUGUAUGUGCUACGCAGUAAUGCUUGUGGCAUGCUACAGUGUGGCAGUAUCGGGCUACUGGGCAUUUGGCAACACUGCACAGUCUAACAUAUUGCAGAGCCUGCUACCAGAUAAAGGCCCUGCCUUUGCUCCCACAUGGUUGCUCGGCCUUUCUGUUGUUUUUGUACUCCUCCAGCUUUUCGCAAUAGCACUGGUGUAUUCCCAAGUAGCUUACGAGAUCAUGGAGAAAAAAUCAGCAGAUGUAAAGAAGGGAAUUUUUGCAGCCCGGAACUUAAUUCCGAGGUUGUUUCUGAGAACGGUGUAUAUAGUAAUUUGCUCAGUGAUUGCCGCCAUGCUGCCAUUUUUCGGAGAUAUAAAUGCUCUGGUAGGAGCAAUUGGCUUUAUUCCCCUGGACUUCAUUCUUCCCAUGCUUCUCUACUACAAGAGCUUCAAGCCUGCUCCAACUUCCUCAACUUACUGGAUAAAUAACGCUAUUAUGGUUAUUUUCACGGGUGUUGGAAUAAUGGGCGCCUUCUCCUCGGUGCGCCAAAUAGCCAUUGAUGCUAACCGUUUCCGUCUUUUUAGCAAUAAUGUAUUAGACUGAUGUCUGUAAUUUUAUUAUCUGAGCAUAUCCAGCAAAUUUUGGAGGAAUUCACAUUGUUGAAAUCGAAACCCAGUAGAAGGAUCAAAUGUAUUCCCCACUGAAACGUCCUCUAGUUAAGGACGAUCAGAUGAAUUCCCAAGUCAAAGCCCUGUAAUGAAGGGGGCUAUUCUGUAGUCAAAUGUAUGAGUAUCUUUGCUAAUUAUCAAUUGAAAGAAUCCAAAACACCGACUUCUGAGGUGUUUGUGUGUCGGUCGCCGUACAUGUGGAUCUGAGAGAAUAUCUUGUUAACUUCAAUCAACCAAAUAAUGAACUAGAUAUUUCCUGUAAAGUUCAAUUGGGUCUGAAAUUAUUUAGAAGUCAACA